CUAUUUCAUGCCAUGUUAAAUAAUAGCAACAAUAACAGCAGCAAUAACGAUGUUCUUGACAAUAAUUUGAGUUAUAACUCGUACUGUUUUGCUUCACAAGUAAAGAGUUUAUCGGAUCCUAACAACAUUUCAUUAGCCUCCAGUGCCUUAUCAGUGCCUUCAGGAAGUCAACUUACCUCUACGCCUAUCAGUAAUGGUCACUUAAAUAGAACAGAAGAUUUCUCACUUCACUCAAAGUACUCUUCAUCUGCAUCACCUUUAAUCAACAAAUACGAUAUCGAGGAUAUAUCACAUAAACCUCUCCUAAACACAUUCCAGUCUAGUUCAGAAGAUUCCAUAAACUCGGCUGUCACCGCUACUACCGCCACCAUUAAUUCAGUUGUCAGUGAACCGGAAACAUCAACAGUCUUUGCCAGUGAUAUAUUUAAUAAUUUACAAGGUAUAAACCAAAAUCAUGCUCAGACUAUUAGUGAAGAUUUGACUGAAGUUAGAUCGUCAACUCCAUCACCAACAUCGUCAACAUCCACAGCAACAACAACAACAGCAGUACCAUUAACGACAAACACCAGUCUUAAUUCUAUGUGUCCGUUGACAGAAGAAUACUGGAAGCAUUUCACUUCAUCCAAUACCUCCUCGUUUUGGUUAACACAUUUAAACAAUAUUUUGAAUUUAUAUGCAUCUUCUCUGAUUAACUCUUCACCAAUGAUAAAUUUCAAUCAAAUAAUUACUGGAUGGCGUAUUUGGCGAAGUUUACUCGCACAAUUAAUGAAUAAUGAGGAUAAUAGUAAACAAGUAGAAGAUAUUUCACGAAUUACAUCAUCAAAUCAUUCGUUACCUACCGUCUAUUCACUUGAUUCUGCUAACGCCACUACACCAACAACAUUAUUACCAAUUGAUACAAACAAUUUAAACACUUCAUUCAAUUUGUAUAAUUGGGAUCAAUUAAUUAAUCUAUCCCAGACAUAUUGUGAGAAUGUUGAACCAGUUCAAACAACUCCAUUAAAUCUUGCUAUGAAGUUGAAUCGAUUAGAUCAACAACAAACUACUUCUACCUCUACUAAUACUACUAAUACAUCUAUAGUGUUCAAAGAUAUCAAUUGCGAUAGUAAUCAAAAAUUUACAGAUAACCAUUCAAGCGAAAUUAAAGUUUUCAGUAAAAAAUAUGAAUUAACUAAUGGAGUGAAAUAUUCAUUCACAGGCUCUAAAACUUCAUCAUCACAAGGAGUAUCGAAUGUCAAACGAUCAGUAUAUAAAUGUUCACAUUGUGGUCGAGGAUUUAGUAAAGCCUACAACAGAACAAUACAUGAACGUACUCAUACAGAUGAACGUCCAUUUGGUUGCGAUGUCUGUUCUAGACGUUUUAGACGUAAAGAUCAUUUGAGAGAUCAUAGCUACACACAUUUAACAUCAAAACCAUUUUCAUGUCCCAUAUGUCAUCGUGGUUUCUGUCAGUCACGUUCACUGGAGAAUCAUAAACGAUCAAAUCAUCCAACUAGGAGUGAUGCGCCGCCACCUGUUCCAGUAUCAAACAGUAUUACUUCAGCCAUAUUCAACCAUACAACAAGCAACAGUGUGCCUUUUGAUCUUAACAACACCAACCUCAGCACCAUCAAUACUUUCCCUACAAACUGUGAUGUUAUAAAUAUAAUCAGAAAUAUGAAAGCAGAAUAAGAGAAUUUCAAUAAAUUCGCCAUGAAAUUUUCUUUUAAAAAUUGAAUAUUUUCAAUUAUUUACAACGAAUUUUAAUAAAAUUCAAGUCGACAAAUUAAUACAAACAAUCCAUUCAUUCAUCAUUGUUUCAUUUGACGAAUUAUUUAUUUACAUUUAUUUUAUUUUAUUUUUUUCAUGUUUCCUUCCC